UCGGAUACAUUCAUUCAUUCAUUGCCACAAACAAACGGCCGCACAUGUGAAAAAGAAAAAAAGUCACCUCCAGCCGCACACAUUGGAACCAAUAACGAUAAAUAUUUUUGUUUGAAAAACAUUUGACGCUCAUUUGUUGACAAUUGGCAAUUGGCAAUUUGCAAUUGUCAAAGUGAAAGUACGAGUGCAAGUACUUGGACGCGGUUUCCUUUCGUCGUCAACUGGCGUGAUACAUCUGUACAAGCACCCAUCUAUCGAUCGAUCCACACUGUACCAGUCAAUAGAAGCAGUAGCAGUAGCAGCAGCAGCAGCAAAACACUCCUCUCAAGCAAACAACCUGCCAGCCCAAAGCACAUCAAAUCAAUUACAAAAAUGAUUUUCAAAAUAUUUGUCCUUUGCCUUCUGGCAUGUUUAAGUUGGGCCGAUAAUUCCGUGGAACAACCAGUUGUGCCAGCCGAAUCGGCGAUAUCUUUCGAAACAUCACACAAACGUCCAGGAGAAGUGGGCGAUGAUGGCUUCCAAACAUCACAUCGCAUUUCCCACUACGAUGUGGAGAACAUGAACCUACUGCCAACCAAGGAGAAGCCCGAAUUAAAUCCGGUACUCAGCGCCCUCAUCAAUGAGGAUGUUAUGAAGAGCAUCGAGGCCAAGCGAGCCAUCGAAGAGGCAGAAUUGGAAAUCAUCAAAUCGGAAAUUGCCGCCGAGGAGGAAAGACUCAAGGCCGAAGCCGCAGCCAAUCAGGAAACGGUUAGCACCACAGAGAAACCUGUGCUCACCACCGGAGCUCCCCCGAAAAAGGCCACUCUGGAUGGCGAAGAAGACAUAAAUGUGGGCUUUGUGGAUCAGGCCAUCGCCCUGGACACGGCCGGUACCGAGAAUAAUAAAAAAUCUCGCAUUGAAAUCAAAAAGGGUCCCAAUGGCCAAGAUUAUGAAUACGAAUACGUCUACUAUUACGAUGACGAAGGUGAGGAUGAAGAAGAAAAGGGCGGAUCAGCAGAUGAGAAGGAUAGGGAAGAGAAAGCUGAAUCUCGUGGAAAAUCUCGUUAUACCAACAUUGAACGCAGUACUGCGGCUACUCCCAAUGACAACAGCUUGGUGACAGGUAAGGCCAAGGGUCGCUCCUCUAAUGUGGAGGAGAACAUCGAAACGGAGCGGUUACCUCACAACACACGCUUCCCAAGUCGUGGCAAGUCUGCUGAUGUCACCCCUACACCCGCCAUAGACUCGCUGGACUCAGCCGCCGAAAAGAAGAAGAUCAGCGUCAAGCGACCCAGUUUGGAGUUGGUCGACAGUGAAACCUUUAAUACGGAUGAGAAACAAGCCAAGGGUUCCCGCAAUGCCGAAAAUGACACCAAGACAGCUAUUGCCAUCGAACAGGAAAUGGCUGCCGCCCAAGCUACCAAAGACGCUGAGGCUGAGAAAAUGAAGUCAGAAAGUGAGGACGCCGCCAUGGACGACGAUGAGGAUGUCGAGCAGACCACUCCGGCAAUGGAGAAGGCGGCUUUCGAUUUGUAUGCCAUCUUGGCCAAUGAGAACAACAACAUGGAAAUGACCACCGACUCUGAUAUGGAUGUCACAACAAUGGUUCCCGAUACCACAGACAUGUACGGCGAAGACAUGAUGACCACAAUGGUGGAGGAGGAGUCGAGUACCACGACCACUACGACCACAACUACCACUACUGAACCGACUACCACUACGACAACCACCACCACUACCCAGGCAUCAUUGUUCGGUGGCAAACGCGGAGGUGCGAGUGGCGGUCGCAAUCGUUUCAAGCUGAAAUCUGGAGGAGCAUCGACCACCACAACAACGGAAGGCCCCGCUGCUGCAGAAGCUCCCAAGACAGGCAAAAAUCGUUUCUCACGUCCUCCCCUUGGUGGUCGCCCUCGUCCAGGUGCAAGAACAACAGCCGCACCCGCAGCCGAAGAGCAAAAUGAAGAAGAAGUCUCUGUUAAAGAAGUCAAGCCCGUCAGUUCGGGAUUCGGACGUAACAAACCACGUAAUCGUUUUAACCUACGAGGCAGUACAACAGCCGCCGCUCCUGUGGCCAAGAGCGAUGAUGCCGCCGAAGAAACAGUAUCGAGCACCACAGCCCGUGCAGUGCGAGGUCGUCCAACUUUGAAUUUGCGCGGACGCAGUCGAACAACUACCAGCAAAACAACACCAGCCGACGAGGAAGCUGCCAAUGACAGUGAAAACAGUGUGGACGAGAAGGCCGCCACCCCCGCUGCUGCUCCCACAAAGGCAUCUCGUUUCAAUCUGAACCGCGCCGCUGGAGGCCGUUUGCCUGGACGUGGCAAACUUGGACGCACCACCGAAGCCCCAGCAGCCACUGAGGACUCCGAUGCCGACAGCAGCCAUCACAACGAUGUGAAGGGAGAAGGCGAGGAAUCUGGCGACAAGCCAGCUGAAGAGAAGCCAUCUGCCAAUUUGGGUGGCCUCAACCGUUUGAAGACACGCCCACGUAUUGGUGGCCCACAAAAGACUGAUAGCCUCAGACCAAAGGCGGCUCCUGCUCCACCGCGCAAAGUCAAUCCCCUGCUUGCCAAGAAACGCAUGCAGUUGAGCACUUCAACGACAGAAUCCACUGCCGAUGAAGAUGGCGCAUCGUCUUCGGAAAACGAGGAUGCCCACGAGGAAGCCGCUGAUGCGAAUGAGGAGAACAAAGAUGAAGCUCUCGCAGAGCCAGAGACAACAACCAAGCAACAGCCCCGCGGUUUGGGACUCCUGGGUCAAAGAAGGCCUCUGAGAAAGCCAGGAACAUUAUUGUAAAUAAUCUCACUCCCUCUCUAUCUCCCCCUCCCCCCCCCCCACCCCCCCUCCUCAAGCACUCACUGUCACUCAUUGAGUACUCAACGCAAUGAAAUGCUCAUAACUUAAAUACUUCUAUUCCUACUUUGUAUGUAUGUAUGUAUUUUAUAUGAUAAUGUCCUUCUAUAUGUCCAUAUACGCCCCCCCCGUCCCCAUUUCCUUACUCGCCCUCCCUUUUCCUUUGAAGGAAGUGGACAAAUCCUUUAAGAUUAGUUUUGUUUGCCAGGGACGCCCAGAUUCCCAAAAGCAAAUUUCGGUAGUUUAAGUGCUUCCACCAACACUCACGAACAGAAGACAGGAAAUCCCCCACUCCCCAGUUCUUAAACAACAACAAAAAGAAUUAUUUUGAUUAUAUUUAAGUUUCUUAAAUUAGGUACGACAUUUAAAGCCCCUUUUUCAAUUUCGAUAUUCAAUACACACCAGUAUGUGCACAUGUUUGUAUGUUGCUGUGGGUGUGUGUGUGUGUGCGUACCCUUGUAUUGUAAAAAGUUUGUUAUAAAAAUUAUUUCGAUAAAUAAAAUACAAAAAUUACAAAAUUA